UUCUGGCUCAGCCGUAAUGCUCUGCGGCUUGCUGGAAGGUGGUGCAGGACAACAAAAGAUGAUUUAAGACUUAUGUGUAGAAGGAGAUCAUCAAAGAUCUGUAAUUCUGGGAUCGACAUGGAUGAGAAGUCGGAGCAGGGUGCCUAUCGACUGGGGUGCGGCUUCCUUCCGUACUUUUUCCUUUGCUUUUUUGUGGCGGGCAUUCCGUGCGCUGCAGCGAUCCUCUUGUGGUCCGACAUAGGCUGGGGAGAGGCAGUCUACACGUACUUCGUAGGAGGAGAUGUGACAGGCUACGCUUUUGGCGCUGGUGCUGUAUGCAUUUUGCUCCUUUUGUACCUUCUGGAUUUCUUUUGGCCUCCGCAUUUGGAAGGUCAAUACUUCGUCCUGUUCUCAAAGGAUCGUUUUGUUGGGCGAUCCAUUCUAUUGGCGGCAGGUGUAUUGAUCUACAUUGCCGCUUUGAACCUUGCAGAGUCCUAUCCAUCAGUUCCGAUUCAGUGCACGGUUUUGAUGGGACCCUUGCUGACCACCGUGGUGCGAGCAUUGUCUCGACCAGUUCAUAAAGAUCCCAUGGCUGCAGCCUUGCAGGCUAGCGGUGUGGGUAAGAGUGCAAGCCUCCGGGUCAUGAAGAUGCAGGUAUAUGUCGGGUCUGAGAAAGACGCGACGGCAUUCUAUGCUGGGAGCAUGACAGCUUUCAUGCUGCUUGGCCUUGCCACCAUCGUUGCCUGGGUCGUGUGGGCCUUGAGCAACGAGAUUGACUUUGGCGACGUCACAUUUGGGGAUGCAGCAUCGGAGCUUAAAUACAUCCGUUGGAUUUCCCCUGUUGCAGUCGGGCUUGCCUAUCUAAUGUUUGGUUUGAUCGUGUCCUUACGAGUGGGUUUGGCCAGUUCAUACGAUCAUGGGGACAUGCUCAUGAAGAUGGUCAAGGAGGAAGACCAAGAAAAGGCUGCAAAUGGCAGAAGGUCCAUCCAGAGAAAAACUCUGGUUGGAAUGGUUGCCGAUCAGCUGGAGAGCGACAGUUUCGAUUGCAGGAGUGCCUUUGAGAAACUCAGCAAUACACAGAAGGACAAGUUUGCUGAGAAGCAAAUGCGUAACCUGCAGCUCGUCUCGCGCAUGAUCAAGACCUGCGGCUGUGUCUUUGCUUUGAUGAUUGGUACUACUUGGAUGGCAUCUCAACUCGUUGCCUCCAACAGCCAUCUCUCUGACCUAGUGCUGGGCUUUCUUGGUGUCUUUGCAUUGAGUUUCUUCCUUUUCGUCGUGGUUGCAUUCCAACGCCUCAAUGCUGUGAUGACAGAAUGGUGUCAGAAACUGCCACUCUAUCGCCUCUCCCUCGCGCUGAUCCGAAGUGAUUGGGUGCGGGCCAUGUUGGUCUUUCUGUUCUCUCCAGCUGUGCCAUUUGUGCUAAUCCUAUCCUUCGUGAACCAACGAGUACGUAGACUCAGACAUUUAGGUGCACCCAAGGCAGCCGGAUCCGGAGCCUUGGACUCAGUGCCGGAAGACGGAGCGUCCAGAGAAGAGGCCAACGAUGAUGAGGAGUGGACCUGCUUCACAAAACGAGUUGCGACGCAGGUUGAUACAAUGCGAGCCGAUUGGAAUUGGAUUUCCAUUUUGCUCAAGGUAUACGUCUUUGGUCUCUUGAUGCUCUUGUAUACUACGUUCCCCAUCAUGCUCAACAUUUUUCUCGCCUGGCUGAGUGCGGCAAUGUCCGGCUGGGACUUUGGCGUCGUUUGUGCUGGUAUCGUCGGUGCAGGGUUGUGUUGCUUCCUUCUACCGCCAGUUCCUGGUGUCCCAGUCUACAUUUUCGCUGGUAUCAUCAUCGCGGACAACUGUCCUUGGGGCUUUGAGGCCGGCGCUGGCAUUGCCAUUGGUGUGGGCUUUGUACUGAAACUCUUAGCCUGUGCCAUGCAGCAGAAACUGAUUGGCGAGAGACUAGGGAAGUUGACAUUCAUCCGGGCACAGGUGGGCAUCAAUCAGCCCAUGAUCCGGGCUCUUGAGGCGGUCCUUCGAAAGCCUGGGUUGAGUCUCGGCAAAGUGUCCAUCCUUUGUGGAGGUCCUGAUUGGCCAACAUCUGUUUUGGCUGGCAUUCUGCGCCUGUCCUUGCUAGAGUGUGAAAUAGGGACUUUGCCCAUCAUCUUCUUCGUAGGUGCUUGCUCUCUGUCCGGUUCAUUCUAUUUGAAGCAGGAGGAGAGCGAGUUCUGGGACCGCAUUGCUACUUUCAUGAUGUCUGCUUCUGUACUCCUUUGUGUUCUCCUACAGAUCAUGGGAGUGUGGGCGAUCCAGACUGAGUUGGAUCGAAAUGAGUGGGAGGUGUCGAAGCCAUUGGAGCAGAAUUUGCACCUGGACUGGCUUGACUUCAAGACACAACAGGUCGCCAAAAGCAGACCCAUCAGGUGGCCAGAGGUGCCUUUGUGGUUGAAAUCUUUGACCUUCCUUGGAGUUGCGGGACAAGUGCUGGUGGGACAGCUGUUCUACUGGGUUUCUUCCAUUUGCUUUGGUGAGUUUGAAGUCACUGACGACAUCGAUUCUUUGGUUCUAUGGGUUGACGGGCAGACAGGGUUGAUUUUGCUGCCAGGACUCUUUGGUUGCAGUGUUUGUCUUGGAGGUUGGAUCAGCUUCUUCGCGCUUCUAUGCUGGGUUCGCCAAAAACAGGCGAAACCCUUUGCUGAAACAGGGAAGCUCCUGGAUGCCAUUGAGGAUGAAUGGAAGGAAAAGCGCAGAGCUCUGGCGCGAAAACUGGAGGGCUGCCCUGCUACUCAAGAGAAUUGGCAGGCGAUUGAGGACAUGCAGACUGAAGCCCUUGAGAUCCUAAAGAAAAGCAACAAAAUUGAGACGGAGUGAAGACAGUGAAGGUGACACCUUCUAGGAAACUCCUUCCGUGAGAAUUACAAAGUCAGACAGAGUGGCAGUUGAGCAAGCUUGAAGGC